AUCCGCUUGUUGUCCAUUCUCAUUUGGUUGAGAUGGGCGUCGACAGAAAACAUCAAGUGCUCCUUGCGCCAGCCGCGAACAGUCGAUCGUAAUUAUCUGCUAAUGUAGAGGCGGGUGUCAUGUGUUUGUGUGAUGUAAAAGAAUGCACUGGACCAUAACUCAGCUGCUGACAGCAUAAAACACCAACAACCUAGCUAAUACAUCUCCAUAAACUGAUCAAACUAUGUAGGAAACUAUGAAGAAAAAGACCUAGUCAGUUAUUAACAACAUGAAUCAGCUGCUCAUUCGGUCUGAUAAAGGAGAAUAUCUUCCAGGACAGUAUGUAUGUGGGUUGUUCUUUCUAGUGCUGUAUACCUGAAUAUAUUGACACCAACAGAAGCCCACGGUGUGCAACUUUCUUUCAGAGGAAAAGAAUCAGUGUGCAGUGAGAUCCAUGUGGAGGAACAGACGAUCAACCAUCAGGUAAAACAAGACUAUGUGGACUACUGUUACAUUGAUCUCUUUGUACAGAAUGAACCUUUUGCCUUUGGUAGCUACUGCUUCCCUUUCAGACUACAGCUGCCUCACCAAAUUCCAGGGACUUUCAAAGCUAGCAGCAAAAUGCCUUCGCGGGUAUGGUCAGCGAGUGUGAUAUACCAGCUGCAUGCAAACAUUGUGGGCGCAGAGACUAUGAGUGUGUCACAAGAUGUUGUGGUAACUGCUGUCACUCCAGAAAAUAUACGAGACAAUCACCUAACAGAGGACCAGAUUGAGACUUUUGUGCCACCAGGAAGAUUUUUUGAGAAGAUGCAUGUCACUGUGAAGUUGCUGCAAAACUAUGUCAAGGCAGGAGAAAAUCUGCGAUUUCGAAUGAGUUUUUCCAAAAAUUGUCCAACAAUCACAGAAAUUGGCAUCAAGUUGCAGCAAAUUUUAAGACUGACGGUGCCAAACAAGUCAAAGAAACUGGAUGGAUCUAGAAUGGAUCAGUCCUCAGUCAUUUUGGAGGAUACAGUGACAACCAUUAGGGAACUUGUUGGUAUAUUACCACCACCUGGACUGCAAGUACUUGACAAUAUAUUGGUACCUCUGAAGACUUGUGAUGGAUGCACUGUCAUGCCAUCUGUUCAUGGAACGUUCAUACAGUGUAACUACAGUUUGGAGGUAUCACUGCACUUUGGUAGGCAGGUGAAAACCCUGACUUGUCCCAUUCCAGGAUUGUUACCAGAGGACAAUUCUGAGUGGUUAGCUUGGAGACCUUUGCCAUGGCUUCAAAAUGCUGAGGUUAAGCUUGGCAAUGGCCCCAUCACACCAUCAGAACAUCUCAUCGAAAGUGAAGCAUUUGCCCGUCUACCUGGUUUUCAGGAUAUAUAAUUUCACCAGGCCAGCAGAUUGCAUAAAUUUUGUAAACCUCAUCAGUUCAAAGUAGCCCUGACACACAAAGCUUUAUAUUUUGUAGACAAAAUAAAGAAUGGUAUUUUUUGGGGGUGGGUGGGGGAGACGAAUCAUGAGGGCAUCAGAUUAAAAAAAAAUUUUCUAAGUGAAAAUACUGAAUGAAAAAUAAGAUUCAGUUGGACAUUUUACACAAAUAAUGGCAUGUCUGCACAAAAGAAUUUAGAUUAGGCUAUGCUUUGAUGUUGACCUUAACUCAAUGAAAUUGUUGACCUUGUUAUUGUACAGCAUGUAUGUAUAAUGUUUUUAUUGUGCUCCCUUCCCCUGUUGCUAGUGAGACACCCAAUUUGUCAGUAGGUAAAUCAAGCUGUUGCUGAUGCAUUGCCGGUAUAAUAGAUUUAUAUAAAACCACACACGCAGAAGGCAUUUAACACAGAAAAUCAUAUAAAAAUGGUCUGUACAUUUGCAUCAGCUGAGGCAAAAAAAUUAUUUGUACCUGUUAAGAUGCGGUUGAUGCUUGCAUCUGAAAAAUUUAAUGGCUUGGUGAGUGAGAUAAGUAAAUUUAUAUGCUUUUGAUCUUACAAAUCAUAUUUGAGGUGUUAUUCUGGUGACUUGUUUUCACCGCACAGUAUUGAAUCUUGAAGGUUAAUGUAUAUUUGUAGAUCUGCAUAUAGUUGAUCUAAAAGAUGCUAAUUUUUUUUUUCAGAAGAAAUGAGAUUCUUAAUUUUCUCAAACAUUAAAAAAUGCAAUGAUGAA